GUCCCACCCAGCUACACAUCGAGCAGCAGAGACAGAGAGAGGGAAUCACAACCGAUCAGAGCUUCCCCAGGAGAGUGGAAGGUUUGCCGACUGCAAGGAAGACCCGAGCCCGUGCUAGUUUAUUCUACCAAGAUCUGUUGGUUCUCGGAGCGGCAGAUCAAAACGCGAUUUCAAAGACAGCAGGGGCGUUCGGGAGUGCGGCUGGGAGAGGCGAAGCCGGGGAGCUACAGAUAAGAGCAGCGAAGAGUGGCAGACGAUGGCGACACCCGUGAACCCGAAGCCCUUCUUGAAUGAGCUCACAGGGAAGCCGGUGAUGGUGAAGCUGAAGUGGGGCAUGGAAUACAAGGGAUUUCUGGUGUCGGUAGACACGUACAUGAACCUCCUUCUCACAUCGACGGAGGAGUAUGUGGACGGAGAGUUCGCGGGCAACUUGGGGGACGUGCUCAUCCGCUGUAACAACGUCUUGUACCUUAGGGGGGUAGAAGAUGACGAGGCCAACGCAAAAGCGGAUGGGGCCGAGGGGGUCAAUGGGAUGGACGAGGAGGAAGAUGAAGGCUGAGACGGGGAUGAGCCCUAGAUUCGUCGGGCAGGGGGGCGCGGGGGCGGCUCGAGGCAGUGUUUAGCAACAUUCCUGAGAGCCUUGACGCAUUUCUUUUUUCAGGUCGAUAGUGGGGCUCGGAAUAUCUUGGUUUGGCCAUCGAUUUGACCUGGUGUCCUCGAACACAGCGUACACCGUGAUCCCUUCCAUUUACCUUCGCUUGAUGAGGGGGAUUUUCUCGAAGGGGUUAGACAUGUGCUGGGCAUCGGCUUGAUUUUUACCAAGUUAGAGUAAAGCCGGAAGUGACUUCUUGGCCACAUGAUUUCAAAGGAGUACUGAUUGGAAUGAACGGUAACCCUUGGCAAAACUUUUCCAUUGUAACAUUUCAAUGGACCUUUGAACGUGACCAUUCGAAGCGUCUUGGUGGGCGCGUUAACCCCCGUUUCGUGCAUGAUGUCAAUCGUUUGUUGGAGAAAUACAAGUGAUUUCUCAUGUAUGGGCUCAUGAGAACACAGUCAGUCGUGUUAUCAAUGGGGUGAUGCAAGAUGCUGGACCAGCCCAUAGCUGAAUGCCAGCUGCUAGGUGGUUGUGACGUGCCCAAGCUCGACAGCUCGCACAGCUGACGUGUUGAGUG